AUGGCGGAAAGCACGUGCGGCUGCGCCAUGGUCAGCGUAUGCCCGCAGCGAUCCAGCUUAACCUUUCUCUCCGUCGAGUCCUCCUUCCAGUCUCUGCAGAGCUUUCGCAUCGCCGAUCUCAGCACAGACACAGACCUCAAGACCAACAUCACCAAAAGCAACGAACGCGAGUCGCUCUUCCCGGAGAUCUACCUGAUCCCUGAAUCAUUGAUGGGCCUGCUUUCGCAGACGAUGGUCAACGAGCAAGAGCUCCUGCACCGCGACACAUUUCUCAACGCCGACAUCCUCAUGCACCUGAACUCUCGGGCCAAGGUCGUUGAACAGCAGAUUCUCUCUUGGAAACCGACGAGCUCUGAUGUCUCCAUGCGAGAGGAGGGCACAGGACAGACUAACGGCGAGGAGACCGGGCGCAAUGCAAGCGAGUAUAUGGCCCUCGCCGUGCACCAGAGCCUCAUACUGUUCUAUUACCGACGGGUCCAGUAG